AUGACCAAACCGAAGAAACUAGUCCACAAUAUUGGACAACCAGCCCAGAUAGAAGAAUGUCCUAUUAAAGAUACUGGAGUAAUAAAAGAAACAACAAAAUGGAAAGCUUUAUUUAGAGACUAUCAUAUAAUUGAAAAACAUUUCGCGUCUUUCAUAGCUGUAGCAAUGUUAAUUUCAUUAAUAAUGUUUGGAUUAGUGAAUCCUGAUUCGCCUCUAUAUUACAAUAGUGCAAUUUGCUCAACCAAAAAUAUUUCAAUCAAAAAACCUCAAAGAACUCCCGCUAUAGUCUGGUACACUCCUAACGUAUGGUGGAUACCUCUGACAAGGAGAAUUCAAUGUUUCAAUAGAUCUAAAAGCUUCGAAUGUGAUGUAUUUCGCAAACAAAGCCAACCAAACGAUCCAGACGCAUACUUGUUUUACGCUGCUGAUAUAGACAAAUUCCCGCUACCUAGAAACCCUAAAAAGAUUUGGGCCUUACUACAUGAUGAAUCACCCAUCAACAGAUUGAUGUUUUUGUAUGAGAAGUCCUUGAACUUGUUCAAUUUUUCCGCCACAUUCAGCAGAUAUAGUGAUAUACCAAUGCCUCUCAUGGCGUUAAGAGGAUUGGAUUCUCUAACAUCUACUCAAUAUUUUGUAAACACAACGAUGAAGAACAUCUUUCUGACCGAUAUUGCUCCCGUUAUGUACAUGCAGUCAAACUGUUUCUCUACUACUGAGAGAGAUUCAUACGUAGAGAAGCUAAUGGAGUACAUCAAUGUAGAUUCUUACGGCUACUGUAUUAAUAAUAAUAUAUUGCCCCUUCACAGGCGCUAUAUAAGUCUUAAAACGUACAGAGACCAUCAAUUUGGUGAAGAAUUGCUUAGUUUCAUGGCACGAUAUAAGUUUAUAAUGACUAUAGAAAAUGGGGUUUGCAACGACUAUGUCACGGAGAAGAUUUGGCGUGCGAUAGAAAUUGGCUCAGUACCUAUCUACUACGGGUCACCGUUGAUAAGGGAUUGGCUGCCAAACAACAAAUCAGCUAUACUGCUUGAAGAUUUCCCUACGCCGGAGCUGCUCAGUCGUCACCUACAACACCUGUUAAUAGAUGACAUGGCAUAUGAAGCGUACCUAGAGCAUAAAACUUUAGGACUUGUCACAAACCAGAAUCUAAUCAAUGAAAUUACGGAACGACCUUUUCAAACUAAUCUAGGAAACGUAGCGAAGAAGCUCGAAUGUUUUGUAUGUGAAAAAAUUCUUGACAAAAAGAGCAAUUCUGUAAAUAUAGUGACUAAGAAUCAUUACGAUUGCCCUGCACCUACGUCAGCUUUAACAUUAUCUGUAAAUCCAAAUAAUAAAGUAUGGCUUAGAUUUAAUGAAGACGGUAUAAGAAGAUUGGACAGAAUAUAUGAAGAAAUUCAAGAUCCCGAUCAAACACCACGUAGCUCUAAUACUAGUUGGUGGCUUAUCUACGCUUGA